ACAGUGCAUGCAGGCAGCAGCAGUUUGAGCUCUGCCUGUCUGACUACUCAGACACUUCAAGGACGUUUUGAGACAUCUAAUGACGGGACUGUUUUGGGAACAUAAUCAGCUCCAGGAUGUUAACCCUGUAUCUGCAGUAGCACAGAGGCCACACAGGGAGCAGCAGCAGGAGCAUGGAGCAUGUGUUGGUGCAGUAUGACUUUGAGUACACAGCAAAGGACGGUCGACUCGUCUCCAUCAAGAAAAAUGAACGCUACAUCCUGCGCUUGAAAACAAAUGAGCACUGGUGGCACGUCUGCAAAGACCAGCACACCAGUCCCUUUUUCAUCCCUGCACAGUAUGUGAAGGUGGUCUCAUCACUGACUGAAGACUCUCCUGGGCCAAAGAAGCUGGAUUUACCUGAGUGUGAGACUUACAGUGUGCCUAAAGCUGUGGUUAAAACAACUCCAGCUAAGACAGUUAUUCAGGACGGUUCAAGAGAGAAAUACCGGUUCUCCACUUUUGGUUUCUGUGAGGAAAUACCAGAUGUGAAGGUCUGUGAGAAUCCAACGCAAGGACAGAAUAGCAACCUUGCAGACGCUCUGAAUAACAUGAAACCAAACAACACCUCUGCAUCUCAAAAUGAUGACAACAUGCAACUGUAUGCAAAACCUCAUCCUGUGCCAAAGGUCAAAAACAAACAAAAACAUUCAGUAAUCCCUCUGCAGGUCCAUGAAAUACAACACACAGAGACUAUCAUGCAGGAGGAGGAUAUGGAUUUCCCUUCACCCCCAAGUUCACCCAUAUACGACACCAUACCGGAGAUACAUGUAUCACAGUUUGACUCUUUCUCUGAUCUUCCUGCUCCUGUGUUUUCAAAUGACACCUUCACGAUGGAGGAUUCAAAUCAACCCGCAGAAGUAACUUCUUCUACUGAUGCACUUCCUGUUGAGAAGGUGGAGAAUGAAAGCCUCAGAUCAGCCGUGUACGUCAAUGUAGCACAACUACGCCAAAGCAUCUCAGAGUCUCCCCCCUCGGCUCCUUCAUCCUACUCUCCUUCCUUCCUUGACCCAGAGGGAUGGGAGGUGCAUGUUGACCAGGAAAGUGGACAGGAGUACUACUAUCACCCCUCGACGGGGCGCACCACCUGGGACAACCCGUUCCUCGACUCCCCUUUGGACCCUGAGCCACCUCAAGAAGAGGACGCUUGCUCCCCUUCGCCUCCUCAGUCUCCCGCCCUUUCUCCAUCCACCGCCUCCCCCUCAGGGUGGACCUCAGAUUGGGAGCAGUUGGUGGAUGAGACCAGUGGUCGCCCUUACUUCUACAACCCAAUGUCUGGGGAGACGUCCUGGGAGCCUCCAGAGCAGCUGAGCCCGUAUCCUGCUCAGAUGGAGCCGAUGAGCGUGCACAGGUUUCACGAGGACGGGCCGCCUCCUCUUCCCGAGGAGGACUACCCCACAGAGCUCUACACGGCUGCAGUACCACCUGAGCCCUACGAUCAGCCCCUGGCCACGGGUCCUCCCACCCUCCCUAAAGAGUACACCCUCAGCCACGUGAGCCGGACCAUCAUCCCGAGAGCCAACCUGGACCGCAGCACACCAGCUGGCUGGAACCUGACUGUUGAACCCAGCGGGACCUGGGUGUUCACCAACGAACACUCUCCAGAGCAGUGGAUCAAGUCUGUGGAUGAUCGAGGGCAGACCUACUACUAUCUGAGGGACGGCUCCAAGUCUCAGUGGAACCUGCCUGAGGCCCCCGGAGGGCCCGGCCAGUCCAGAGUGGAGAAUGGUGUCGAAGGAGACAACGUGUCAAUCAUCAAAAACUGGAGACACACUAUGGGACCUGCACAGCUCAACCUGGCCCCAGAUGAAGGGAGGUUCGUCCCGACUCACAGGAGGAACACGUCAGACUACAGCAGCGACAGCUCCAGCACGGGGAACUCUCCAGAGACGCAACACAACGUGCAGAACUUGGAGAAAGCAGGAAUUCUCAACAAAACAAAAGUGUCCGAGAACGGCAAGAAAGUAAGGAAAAACUGGACCCAGACGUGGACGGUUCUCCUCGGGGGAGUGCUGACGUUCCACAAAGAUCCGAAGUCUGCGUUAACAGGGGCGUCGAACAAAACCAAUCAGAUUGUCCCGGAGGUGACGGUGGACCUGCGGGGAGCCACGAUUGGCUGGGCCUCGAAGGAGAAAUCCAGCAAAAAGAAUGUUUUAGAGUUAAAAGGAAAGAACGGUGUGGAGUUUCUGAUUCAGUACGACACAGAAAGCAUCAUCAGUGACUGGCACAAAGUCUUAGUGGACGCCAUACGGCAACUGGAGUACCAGGACCAUCAUUCAGACGAGGAGGACAGCGACCUGUACGAGAAGAUCCCCGGCAUUGAGAGAGAAGACAAGGUCGCUGCAAGCGUCGACAAGAGAAGACCCUCCAGGCAGAGCGUCACACACUCGUCCAGCAAUGCAGGAGAGAAUGAUCAGAAAAGAGUUCGGACUAAGCUGAUGAAGUUCCUCAUGAAGCGACCCACGCUGCAGUCUGUCAAAGAGAAGGGAUACAUCAGAGAAAAUGUGUUUGGUUGUCAUCUGGCCACGCUGUGCGCUCAGGAGAGGACUACAGUUCCAAGUUUUGUAGAGAAAUGCAUCAAAGCAGUGGAAAGAAGAGGUUUGGACAUCGAUGGACUGUACAGAGUGAGCGGGAACCUCGCUGUCAUUCAGAAACUACGUUAUAAGGCAGAUCAUGAGGAGCUGGACCUCGAGGAUGGUCUGUGGGAAGACGUUCACGUCAUCACCGGAGCGUUGAAGCUGUUUUUCCGAGAGCUUCCUGAGCCGCUUUUCCCUUUCAGCCACUUCAAUGACUUCAUCACCGCCAUCAGGAUUCCAGACUACAACACAAAGUUGGAUUGCAUUUAUGAACUGGUCAAGACACUUCCUCCUUCAAAUCAUGACACCAUGAAACUCCUUUUUGGACAUUUAAGCAGGUUGAUUCAGUUCGGGGAAGACAAUCGUAUGACCGUGCAGAACGUGGCGAUCGUAUUCGGUCCGACUCUGCUCCGCCCGGAGAUGGAGUCCUCGAACCUCGCCAUGCACAUGGUCUUCCAGAACCAGAUAGUGGAGUUCAUCCUGAAUGAAUACGAGCAUAUCUUCUACUCCAGCUAGAGCCGCCGCACGCCUCCAUCAUAGACCUGUGCAAAAUCUAAAUGUGCAUUUACAGUCUGCAUGAACAUAAACGGCUUCACUUUGACAUCUAAAACAGAAACUCCUCCUGUAAAGUAAAGAAAGGGCUCCUCCAGUUUGUCAGAAUAUUUGAAGUCUAAAACUGAAAUAUUAGAUGAAAGCAUCUUCAGAUUAUACUCACUGAGCAUAUUUGGAGCAUGUUUGACACUUAAUGAUCUAUCUUUGGCAGUAUUGUUGGAUUACAGGUAUAGCUUAGCUUCCCGUCUCAGGACUGUUGAGCUUGUUGUGAUGAUGGAAAUCGAUCCUGGAGAGUCCAGCUGUCUUAACCUCACGAGUCACUUUCUGGAGAUUUUACUUCUUUUAGUUAUUUGUCUUUCUAAACCACCGUGAAAAUAGAGCCCAAGUCGUACUUGGUCAGGUGCAUCAAUGCUGUCUUUAAGAGACUAUCAACAGUAGCUUUCAUCUUUAUUUUAGAGAGUUUAAUGACUUUUCAAUGUUGUUUUUAAAUUGCAGUAUAUCACAAAGGCCAAUAACUGAGAUUGUUCUAAUGUUUUUGUUCUGAAGUCUUAUUUUUACCUGUGAAUUUUAUUGUAAUAUAGAAAUGUAUAAAAAGAAAUAUUAAUACCAACAUCCUGCCAUGAAGUAGAAGAUGACAUAGAAUACUCGGGCAACAUAUUGUUUAUUUUAAAUCGUGCUUCACGUGAAGAAACUGUAACAACACCUUAAAAGAUAAACUAGUUAUUGAGACUUUGACAGUUGUCAGUAAAUAAGAGACAGACAGUGGAUUCUAGAAAAGAUUUAUAAUCUGUAAAUAGAGAUAGACGGCAUAUUUAUGCUUCAAGAAGAGAAUGCACAAUAUUCCAUAAUAAAAAUAACUUUGUAAAAAAGAAAA